AUUUUUUAUGAAAUUCAGGCUUGGUGAGCAUAAGAUAUAUAAUAUAUACACUCCCUAUAUCAUAUGUCAGACACUUACUCAAGUUCUCCUGAAGAACUUUGACUUUAUGCCUUUGACAAAAUCAGCAAUAACAUUAACCACUCCCAUAACUCAUAUCAGAGGUUUCAGAACCAGUGAACUACACCUUUGUUUAAAGGCAACAUUAUGAAUAGGCAUUCAUAAACUUCCUAAGAUUGUCACAGCUGCAAGGACAUUAUUAAAAUGAGGAUUGCUGCAAGAGUUGGUGUGUUAGUUAUUGGUGUUAUAGUUUACAGUCUUGUGUACAUGUCAUUUAUCAGACAGGAGAAGAGUAAUGGCAAAAGGUUACAAAGGCCAGAAGAUCUGGAGGUUCUUAGAAGACUGAAGAGAAUAGAAGAUCAAGUUCAUAAAAUAGCCAAAUUCAUAGAGUUCAAAAAUCAAAAAGUCAAAGAAGCUGUUGUGGAGCAGAAAAUUGAGAUUAAGAAGUUGUAUCCAAAGUCGCCUCUAUUCCGUUCAUGGGGAGCUGAACUCACAGAAGAGGAACAGAUGGAAGCAGAGAGACAGUUUCAGGACUACGGAUACAAUGUGUUCCUCAGUAACAGAUUACCAGUGAACAGAACAAUCCCUGAUACUCGAGACCACAGAUGUGCUGUGAAGAUCUACCCUAAGGACCUUCCGUCUAUUAGUGUGAUUCUGAUUUAUUUAAACGAGGCUCUAUCAAUCAUUAAAAGGGCAAUCCGCAGCAUCAUUGACAAAACACCUGCUCAUCUGCUAACAGAAAUCAUCCUGGUGGACGACUACAGCUUGAAUGAGGAUCUGCAAAUGCCUCUAGAUGAGUACAUUGGUCUAAUUAAUAAAGACAAACCUGGCUUAAUCAAGAAAGUGAGACACAAAAGGCAGAUGGGCCUUGCUAAGGCAAGAAUAUCAGGCUGGGAAGCGGCCACAGGCCAGGUGGUGGCUAUUCUGGAUGCCCACAUUGAGGUUCACAAGGAAUGGGUAGAGCCACUGCUUGCAAGAAUCAAAACAGACAGAACAAUAGUGCUGUCGCCAGUGUUUGACAAAGUGCUUUUUGACACACUGGAGGUUGUUAAGUAUAUUCCCGCUGCUCAUGCAUUUGACUGGAACCUUUGGUGCAUGUACGAGUCUUUUCGGCCAGAAUGGUACAAACUUAACGACCCAUCAGAACCAGGGAAGAGUCCCUCAAUCAUGGGUAUCCUUGUCGCUGAUCGUCAAUUCCUGGGAAAAAUUGGAGUUUUGGAUGAAGGAAUGACAAUUUAUGGGGGUGAAAAUGUUGAACUAGCAAUACGUGUCUGGCUCUGUGGUGGGAGUAUUGAAGUGGUGCCAUGUUCAAAGAUUGCUCACAUUGAAAGAGCACAUAAGCCUUAUUCACCAGAUCUCAGCAAAGCCAUGAUUCGAAAUGCUCUGAGAGUAGCUGAAAUCUGGCUGGAUGAAUAUAAAUCAAAUGUGAAUAUUGCCUGGAAUCUUCCUCUAAAGGAUCAUGGGAUUGAUAUUGGUGAUGUGACUGAAAGAAAACAGUUACGAGAGAAACUCAAAUGUAAGCCUUUCAAAUGGUAUCUGGAAAAUAUUUAUCCUCAGCUAGAAAGCUUGGAAGAUAUAAUGGGUUAUGGUGCGUUGAAGAAUGAUCUUCAAGAAGGCUACUGCGUUGAUGAAGGGCCUGUUCCUGGAAGUGUACCUAUUCUCUAUGAGUGUCAUUACUAUGACUCUCAGCAUUGUUACUACAAUCGUAAUGGAGAGAUCUACAUUGGAGGCAUCAAAUCUCACAAGUAUAACUCCAACCGUUGUCUAACGGAUCCCGGUAGUGGAAGCACACCAGGGUUACAUGACUGUAAAAAAGCCAAGGAGAAAGGACUGAGUAUUUACUGGGACUUCACUCAGGGAAAUGCAAUAAGAAAUAGAAAAACAAACCGAUGUCUUGAGAUCAGCCAAGGACAGGAUUCCUACUAUCAUCUCAUUUUGCAAACAUGCACAGGACAAAACUGGACAAUACAACAUGUCAUCAAAGACUUUUAAAAGGAACUUUAACAGAAGUGAAAACAUUGUACAAGGAAUGUAUGUAGAAUAAACUUCAAAAACAAAAGUGGGUGUGUUACAAGUUUACAUCAACUUCCAGUUUAACCUGAUAUGUGAUCGGUUUUAUUACUUUGAAACAUUAAAACCUAAUGUUGAAUGUUAUACUGUUAUUGCAAGGUCUGUUUUUUAACAAUAAAAUGUUAUAUUUUUUUUAUAUUUUUAUAUUUUGUCAUCAAUUUAAAAAAUGUCAUUAAAAGAUUUACAAUAAAAUAAGAUUACAGUAUGUCAAAAAAAUUGCACAAAUGCACAAAAAGCCAAUGUUUGAAGGCUGCAGCAUCAAAAAAAGCACACUGGAUUCACUUAUCAGUGGAAUUUAUAGUGAGCAAAGGUUCAUGGACUUGCAGUAAUAAAAAAAGAAGG